AUGGCGUUGACCCGAGGGCUGCUCCAUCUGGUCCUGCUGACUCUGUGUUGGGGGGCCAGCCUGGCAGAGGAAGGAGAAACUGUUCCAAUGCAGACCCUGAAUUGCUACAACGACUACACCAGCCACAUCGUCUGCAGCUGGGCAGACACCGAGGACGCCCUGCAGCUCAUAAAUGUGACCCUGCAUCGGCGAUUAAAUGAGAGCCCUGCAGAGCCAGUGUCCUGUGACCUCAGUGAGGACUUAGCCUGGUCACAAUGCCCAUCUUCCAGCUGUGUGCCCAGAAGAUGUGUCAUUCCCUACUGGAAUUUUUCCGAAGCUGAUGAUGACUACUUCUCAUUCCAGCCAGACUGGCCUCUGGGAGACCAGCUCAUGGUUACACUGACCCAGCAUGUCCAGCCACCCCCACCCAAGGACGUCCACAUCAGCACCACUGGGGCCCACUUCCUGCUGACCUGGAGCGUGCCUCUUAGGGACGUCCAGAGGCCCUGGCUGUCACAGGGGGACCUGGAGUUUGAGGUGGUCUACAGGAGGCUUCAGGACUCCUGGGAGGACGGCACCACCCUGCAGUGCACGUCCUCCCACGUGGUCCUGGAGCCAGAGCUCCUGAUGCCCAGCACCUCCUAUGUGGCCCGAGUGCGGACCAAGCUGACCCCAGGCUCAGGCCUGUCAGGAAGGCCCAGCAGGUGGAGCCCUGAGGUGCACUGGGACUCCCAGCCAGGGGACAAGGCCCAGCCCCAGAAUCUGCAGUGCUUCUUUGACGGGGUCCACACGCUCAGCUGCUCCUGGGAGGUACGGUCCCAGGUGACCAGCUCCAUCUCUUUCGGCCUCUUCUACAGGUCCAGCUCAAGUGCACGGGAGGAAGAAUGUUCUCAGGUGCAGAAGGAGGAGCUGGAUGGCCUCUACACCAGGCAGCGCUGCAGGAUUUCUGUGCCGGACCCUGGGGCUCACGGCCAGUACACCGUCUCUGUUCGGCCACGGAGGGAAGAGAAAUUCAUAAAGAGCUCAGACCACAUCCAACUGGCCUGCCCCGUCCUCAAUGUGACCAUGGAUGGAGACAGCUACAGCCUCCACUGGAAAGCAGAGCAAAAAAAUAGAAUCAGUCCUACCUUCGAUGUCCAGUACAGGAAAGACACGGCCACGUGGGAGGACAGCAAGAGCGAGACCCUACAGCACGCCCACAGCAUGCCCCUGCCAGUGCUGGAGCCGGACACCAAGUACUGUGCCAGGGUGAGGGUCAAGCCCAGCCCUGGACCCUACCGUGGGAUCUGGAGCGAAUGGAGCGGGGAGCACUGCUGGACCACUGAGUGGGCUCUGCCCAUGUGGGUGCUGGCGCUGGUCCUGGCCUGUGUCACCCUUGCCUUGCUUGUGGCCCUCCGCUUCGGUGGCAUCUACGGAUACAGGCUGAACAGGAAGUGGAAGGAGAAGAUCCCCAACCCAGGCAAGAGCCUCCUGUUCCAGAACGGAAGUGCAAGACUGAGGCUCCCAGACAGCACAUCAGCCUUUGCCAGCAGGAUCCCCCCUCCCCAGGGGCCCUGGCGCAGCCUCUGUCCUGAGCUGGAGGGAGUGUCCUCUGUAGAUCUGGGGGACAGCAAGGUGUCACUUCUCACCGUAGAGGAUCCUAAAGGCAUCUGUGACCCACCAUCUGAGCCUGACAUGACUCCAGCUGCCCCUGGUCUGUCCACCAACCAGCUACUCAGCCCCCUGCCAGACCCACCAGCCCCCAAAGACAGGCCUGAGGGUCAGGUCUCCAGCUUUGACUUCAAUGGUCCCUACCUAUGGCUACCUCACAGCCGCUCCCUGUCUGACAUUAGGGGCCAGCAGGUGUCCCCACAGAUGGGUGGGACCCCAGAACUACUGCUGCAAGGCUCUGUGGAGUACCUGUGUCUACCCCCUGGGGGACAAGUACCACUGGUUCCAUUGGCCCAGAUGAUGGGGCAGGGCCAGGACAAGGACAGGGAGUGUCAGCCCAGCCCAGUGGCUGAGGGGAACCCCUCCCUAGAGGCUGGGGGAGGCCCUGCUUCUCUUGUACCUGGACUGAGUGUGAGUGGACAGGACCCAAAGGAAAGCCUGGUGGCUCUACCCAUGAGCUCUGGGGCCCCUAAGGAGUCCAUGAUGGCUUCUGAUUAUGUCACUACUGCUGAUGUCACUCACCCUGCCACAGGGUCCCCAUCUGUCUCUCUGACUUCUCCUCUGGACCUCCCCUUAGACCAGAAUCCCAGCCUCUGUCCUAGACUGCUGAGUGAGCCCCCUGGGACCCCAGCCCUAGGAAAGUCAGAGUUUGAGGGUCCCAAGUCCCCUGUGGGCAGUCCUGCCCCUCCUGUACUCAUCAGUCCUGGGCUGAGCCCAGGGGAGCCCCAGGAGGAUGUGACUCCUGUGUCCCCACAUCCCGAGGGGCUCCUUGUCUUGCAGCAGGUGGGGGACUAUUAUAACCCCUCCAGUGUUGGAGCCUGGCUUCUCCCUCUCCAGGCAAAGCCCUCUACUCCUGGAAGUGGCGUGGUCUCAGACUAA